UGAAUAAAAUUACCAAUUUAACCCGAAUUGGAAAACCCAAAACCCAGACUUCAACAGCCUACUAACCCAACGCCUCUCUAGCAGCAGCGCCCAAUUCGUCCUCCUUCCAUUCAGCAACUCGAGGAACUCCUAAGGGUCCUUGAAUGGGACAGGGAAACAAUGCUGAGUAGAGGGGAAGGAAUGGCUCUAAGAGGAGUGUGGCAACUUCAAAAGCUGGUUGUGAGCUACUGUGACUGGGGAGGUAGUAGCAGGGGAAUAAGGGCAUUCAUGGAGUCACAUCUGCCUGUAUUUAAAGAGGGAAAUCCUCAGCUAGAGGUGAUUACUGAGCUCAACCGAGGGCAGCAUCCAUUAUUGAAGGGCUUUUACAAGAAUAAAAAUGAGCGUGUGGUUUGUGUAAAGAAUUUGACUCCAGAUGAAGUACUUCUGCAAGCAACCAGGCUAAGAAAUUCAUUGGGAAGAAAGGUAGUAAAACUAAAGACAAGACAUGUGACCCAGCACCCAAGUGUGCAGGGUACAUGGACCACGGCUGUGAGAUUUUGAGGCACAAAAGCACUCCAUAAUAAGCUGUUAUUUCAUGCUCCUAGUUUCAUGAAGUUAUAAUGAUGACAUGAUCUACUUUUGCUUUUUGGGGGCGUUGGAUUCCCUGUUGUUCCGCUCGGAAAGAUGGAAGACGUUUUUGAUAUUAUUAAAUUUCAGUUCUCUUGUUUA